AUGGCUCCUUAUGAAGCUCUCUAUGUGCAAGUAAUUGAUAAAAUUAGGGACAGAAUAAAGUCUGCUCAAGAUAGACAAAAGAGCUAUGCAGAUCAGCGGAGGAAAUCGAUAGAAUUUGAAGUCGGUGAAAAAGUGUUUCUAAAAGUGGCACCCAUAAAAGGAGUUCUUAGAUUUGGCAAGAAAGGAAAGUUGAGACCUCGAUUCAUAGAUCCUUUUGAAAUUCUAGAUAGAAUUGAGAAUGUAGCGUACCGUCUAGCAUUGCCACCUAGACUAUCAGUUGUACAUAAUGUAUUCCACGUGUCGAUGCUUAGAAAGUAUGUGCAUGAUCUUGAACAUGUGAUAAGCUAUGACUCAUUGGAAGUACAGAAAGAUCUAACAUAUGAAGAGACUCCUUUGGAGAUUGUCGAAAGGAAAACACAUGCAUUAAGGAAUAAAGAAAUUGCUUUAGUUAAAGUUCGAUGGAAAAAUCAUGGAGUCGAAGAAGCUACUUGGGAAAAAGAAGAAGAAAUAAAAGCCAAGUAUCCAGAGUUAUUCGGCUAA